GUUACAUUGCUGUUGCUAAUCUGUGUCCCGUGGUGAAGCGACUGAACAAGCGGCGAACGCGCCCAACUCCCACAGCUGCCGUUUCUUUCCAAGCCAUAAAUACAUACUAGCAGCUCAGCGGUUGAUACGUACAGCUACAUUUACUCAUGCCCGCACCUUUCCCAAGGACCGAAUGACCGAUGUCGCGGACUGGUUCCGCUCGCUGCGCGGGCGCAAAAAGGCGCCCUGCGCGGAAAGUCCCGGACGGACUGCGGCAACAGCGGCCCGUGCUUCCAUUGAUGUGCCGAACCUGAAGGUCACGGUGCACGAGCUCAUAGCUAAAUUCGACCGGCUGAAGUUGGUGCGCCGGCAACGCAAGGGGAAUGCCGGCGUUGACGCUGCUGCUGCCGCCAGCAGUGGUGCUGCCAGGCGCGUCGACGGCUUGGCUCAGGAGCCGCCACCGCCGGGCGAUGAUGGUGACGUUGAUAGUUGGUCGGGUGAUCGGGCUUCAGUCUCGUCAGCCUCCACCGCCUUUUACUCGGCCGCGGAGCUGGCACUGGAGGACGCUGAGGCAGUCAGCGACCCCAAUGCGGACUGGGCGGACGGCCUGGUUGUGCGGGUGCACUCGGCAGAGUCCCUGUUGCCCUCUGCCCUGACGUCGGCCGCGAGCCAAAACCGCAGCAGCAGGGCAGCACUGCUGCCGCCCAUUGCCCCGGGCCGGCGUAGGGACGGCAGCUUCGUGCUGACUCCUGCCAUGGGAAGUGGCGCUGAGGCGGCGGCCGCGGCGGGCGCAGCGCCGUCCAGUGCGGCGCGGAGGGGGCUGCACCCGCCCUCCAAGCUGAAUGCCCUCUUACCCUCCCGGGCGCACGGGCCACAUGGUUUCAGCAGGAGGGCGCCCGGACCCGGGCGGGCGCCUGACGCGCCGUCAGCGGCGUCGGCAAUACCGGCUGCAGGUGCCGCAACAACGGCAGCGAUUGCGGCGGGUGGAACGGCAGCGUUGCCCGCGGCGACGGGUGUGAUGGGCCUUGUGCCUCAGGCCGGGGCGGCGCCUGCCGAAGCCAAGGGUGCUGUGGCCGUCGCCAGCCGCGACGAGGUGCUGGUGCAGGCGGCCGACCUGUAUCUGGUGCAGGGCCGGCCGGGCCCCGCAUACGAGGCACUGAGCCGGUACUGCAAGGACGCCGACGUACCGGACGCCAGCCUGGCGCCGGACCUGGAUCAGCGCGGACUCCCAGACAUGGAUGCGCUGGCGCAGGUCGUGAGCGACCUAGGGACAGGACUUGCGGACCUGCAGUCUGACGCCGGGUGGCAGGUGGUGCGGGACAGUGACUUCAAGCUUAUGUACAAGCACGACAGCAAGCUCCACUGCUUCCGCGCGCGGUGCACCCUUGAUGCGCCUACUGAGCAAAUCACGGCUGUCGUCCGGGAGAUCGACAUGAUGCCAACUUGGAACUCGUACUGCACCAUGGCAGAGGUGCUGCGAGUGCGAAGCAUGAUUGACGUUGCGGCCUAUAUUGCGGUCUGGAUGCCGUGGCCGUUCGAGGCGGUGGGGCUGCUGGUGGCUGCCAGCGGUGCAGACAUGUACGACGAGGCGGGCUGCCUGGCCAUUUCCUUUAGCACGCCCGAAAAGGACGACCCCAACCUGCCGCUGCCAGCGGCCGCGGCCAAGCACCGCAAGAUGCGUGUGCUGCACCCCAGCUGCAUGUCAUUGCGGCCGCUGGCAGCCAAGGCGCCGGGCGGGCCGCAGCGCACCGAGGCGGCUGUGGAGAUGUAUGUGGAUCCCGGCAUCUCCGUGCCCUCCUUCAUCAUCAGCUUCGUGCUCAAGGUGCUCAGCCCCUUCGUGUUUGGGGCCGUGCAGAAGCUGCUGGCCUCGGCCUUCAAGGCGGCGGACGGUCCGCUGCCCUCACGCAUGCGCCAGCGGCCCGAGCUGUACGGACUGGUAGAGCGGCGUACAGAAGCUUACAUCGCGGCACACGCGCAGGGGUAGCGGUGGCAGUGCUGGGAGCGCUUUACGAGCAACUUGGUCGGGUUGGCGGUGUCGCAGAGGCGUGGGAGCAGCGUGCCGUGGCUGGCGUGGAUGAGAGAUGGGGCACGUGCACGGUUUAUGAGCUCAGAAGCCUGCUAAAUUAGUUAUGCUUUCUGUACACUACACCCACGUGGCAAAUAAAUAGCACUGGCGUAACCAGACGCUUCGUCAUAGAGCAUGCAGCUCGCACUCAGGGACGACCCCUUUCUGCCUUGCUUUUAAGCAUCACCUAAAUUGCACGAGAUGUAGUUUGCAAUGUGAAUAACAAAUGAUGCGCUUUCAGGGACAGUUUAGUUUGCACCAGGGCUGUG